UGUUUCACCUAAGUUCCUAUAGACUUGAGCCUGUUGCCGCAUUGCUAAAACUACAAUGUAACUUGAAACAUAGAGAUUUGGCCGGUUGAGUGAUUGAGUCGGCUAGACAAUCAACAUUUAGAAAAUACUGUAACUUGAAGCUAUCAGCGUUUGGAAAAAGGUUGCUCUAGUAGAAAUGGCCGGCAGCUACGAAAGGAAGGAGGUGGCUGUUUUAGCAACGGGUCGGCAACUAUGCAAGGAAAACGCGCCAACUCGAUUUUUUUCUGGCCGGUUGAGUCGGUCUACACAACUGCACCUGUACAAGUUCCGGCCAGCUCUAUGUUGCCGUGAGCGCUUUCGAGCCGUGUCGCCGUGAUCCUAUAUAUACAUGGCCAUACGAUGCGUUUGCAGAUCAUCCAAUCCAGUUCAGAGAAAACCUGAAGCAAUCCUCAGCUGUGCAAUCUGCAGCCUCAGCCUGUGUAGCGUAGCAUCACAAGCCCCCAAGGAGCGUAAAGCCGGCCGGCCGGGUUCAGAAGCUGCGGUGGCGAACCAGACCGCCGACGUGGUGGUGGCCGCGCGCGGAUGGCAGCGGCAACCACACCAGUACACCACCGUGGCCGCUGCCAUCGCCGCCGCGCCGGCGAACAGCGACAAGAGGCACGUGAUCCACAUCAAGCGGGGCGUGUACAAGGAGUUCGUCGUCGUGGGCCAGGAGAAGCGCAACGUCGUCCUCGUCGGCGACGGCAUGGACGCCACGGUGAUCUCGGGCAGCCGAUGCUGCGCAGACGGCUACGACACACCAGGCACUGCGGUUCUGAGUGCGUAUGGUUCGUUCUGAUCAAGGAAAGUUGUGCCUGAUCAAACGCUAAAAUGUUUAUUGCAAACUUCGAUUUCCCUGC